AUGUCAGAUGAUGACAACAAAGUUACUGGAACAAAGAAAUUUGUGGAAAAAUAUAUCCGCAGCAUAUUUAAAAGGACAAGCAAAGAGGACGUGAUGUCGUUCACUUUUGAUAAAGCCAAUGGGGAGAUGAAAGACCGUUGUCCUUUGUUUUGGACUAUCUUAAGAGCAGCAUCUACACCACAUAAUUCUAAACCCAGAUCAGAAGAUAGUGAUAUCUAUUGGCAGACUUCAGUAGUGACUGCUGCAUCGAUAUGUCUGAAAAACAGAUCACAGAGAAUGACAGUUGUUCAGCUAUUGAUUUCAUUGAUAAUAAAUCACUCAUC